ACAAGAGUGUGCGUCCGAUCCAGAUCCUUUGCUCACUCACUCUCAAUCUCAAGCUGGCUGGCUGGCUGUCUUCUCCACUCCCCGGCCAACCCCUGCUGCUGCCCUUCACCUCCGCCUUGCCAUCUCCCCGGCCGGCGACGCAGCUCGCCGUCUCACCACGCCCACGGCGGCUGCCGGAUCUGAACCGAACCAGUCGCAUCCGCGCAGCAGCAGGCGUCCGUCCAGGGGAUGGCCGAGGCCGCCCUCGGUGCGGCGCAAUGGGUGGUGGGCAAGGCGCUAGGCCCCGUCGCGGAUGGCGUGCUGGAGGCUUGGGCUGCCACCACCAACUUUGGUCCCAACAUCCAGGAGCUCAGCAAGGAACUGCUGUUCGUCAAGGCCAUGCUCGAACGAGCUGCCACCAGGGAGCUCGUCGGGCCAGCUACGGUGGAGCUGCUGCACAAGCUGCAGGACUCGGCGCACAAUGCCGAGGACUUGCUCGACGAGCUGGACUACUUCCGCAUCCACGACGAGCUCCACGGCACGUACGAGGCUGCUGACCAGCACGAUGAGGGUUGCGUCUGCGACCUCGCCCUCAAUGCUCGCCACACCGCCAAAACUAUUGGCAAACAGCUGGCAUCUUUGACCGCGUGCUGCUUCGGUGCCAACGCUGGCCAUCCCCGGCAGGAAGAUGCAAGACAACAUGUCAGCUGUUGCGCCUGGAAGUGUGGUAGGCAGAGAUCACCCGGUGAUUCCUCCUCGGUGCCAAACGCCAAUCAGCCUGGUCAGGAGGUCAGCGGAUGCAUGUGCAAACUCGGUAAACUCUUCCCUGGCUCAUCUUCCUCGCAUCCACAUGUUCCUGGUGAUGAAGAUCAUGGCAAUGUGCAAGAAACAUCAAUGCCUGAAUUUAACAGGGUUGUUUUCUCUCAAAGGAUGAAGAAUGCUAUAGAGCAACUAAAGCUUAGGAGUGAGGAUGUUAACAAGAUUCUGACACAUUGUGGCCCUAGAACUACCACAUACACUGCCCAGCAUCGUUCCCCCACCACACCUCAGAGUGCAGAGCCAAAACUGUACGGGAGGGACGGUGUCAUGAAUAGCAUCAUACAUGAUAUCACCAAGGGUCAAUACUGUGACAAGGGUCUAACCGUGCUUCCAGUUGUUGGUCCAGGGGGAAUGGGGAAGACAACUCUGAUACAACACAUAUAUAACAACCAACAUGUGCAGAAUCAUUUUCCAGUCAGGAUUUGGAUAUGUGUGUCAUUCAGUUUCAACCUGGACAAGGUGCUACAACAGAUUAAAAGAUAUUCCCCUGAAGUUGAAGGUGAAAAAGAGUGUAGUACUACACAAGAGCUGAUUGAACACAGAUUAAAAUGCAAAAGGUUCUUACUUGUAUUGGAUGAUAUAUGGCAGUUAACUGAUGUGGAUGACUGGAAAAAACUAUUGUUGAUACUCGGCAAGUCACAAGAACAAGGCUCCAUGGUUCUAGUCACAACUCGUUUUCAAGAAAUAGCAAAAAAGUGUAGAGCAGCUGGCCAUUCAAUACAAUUGAACGGUUUGGAACCUGAAGAGUUUAGGAAGUUAUUCCUUGUAUAUGUCUUUGAUGCUGAGCAAUAUCCAAGUGAUAAACUUCAUUUGAUUGACACUGGAGAUGAGAUAAUGGAGAAACUUAAGUGCUCCCCUCUUGCAGCAAAGACCGUUGGUAGAUUACUGGGUAAAGACCUUAGUUUGCCUCAUUGGAGAAGGGUCCUAAAAAGUAAAGAAUGGACGAAGCAGACCGCUGACAAUGGAAUUAUGCCUGCCUUGGAGCUUAGCUACGACUUUCUCCCUUUCCAUCUUCAACGGUGUUUUUCCUAUUCUGCAUUAUUUCCUGAAGAUUACUGUUUCAGAAGUCGUGAGCUCAUCAGCUUGUGGAUCGGACUAGAUAUUCUGAUACCUACUGGUCAAAAUCAAACACUUGAAGACAUAGGUUUGAGAAAUUUAAAGGAGUUAGUCAUCCAUGGAUUUUUCAGAGAAGAGGAAACUAAUUUUGGUCUGCGUUAUGUUAUGCAUGACCUACUGCAUGAUUUGGCAUUGAAGGUUGCAUCUCAUGAUUGUCUUAGUUUACACCUCCCUAGUGUUGGAUCAGUAGAGAUUCAGCCAACCAUCCGUCACUUGUCUAUAAGCAUAGAUGACUUAGCUGCUGAAAUAUUAAAGAACGAAUUGGAAGAACUGAAGACAAGAUUUAAGGUUGAACAUUUGCAAACAUUGAUGUUAUUUGGAAAUAUGGAUGAAGGUUUUGUCAAGAUAUUUGGUGAUAUUUUUGGGGAAGUGAAUGCUCUUCGUGUUAUCCAUUUGCCCAUCAUGCUUUGUCCUAUGGAGUACAUGUUACAUAACUUUUCAAGGCUUGUCCACCUACGACACUUAAGUCUAGGGACAUGUAAGACACAGAUGCAAUUACCACUUAGCAUCUCAAAAUUUUACCAUUUAAGGAUCCUAGAUCUUGAGUUCUGGCAUGGCAGUCGUGAUUUGCCCAAAGACAUGGGCAACCUUGCCAAAUUGUGCCAUUUUUAUGUCCCAAGUGAUGAUCAGCUUCAUUCUGAUAUUUAUAAUGUGGGAAAACUUAAACUCUUGGAAGAGUUGAAGGUAUUUCAAGUCAAUAAAAAAGGUGAAGGGUUUGAACCGAAGCAACUAGAGCACUUGACCAAGCUAAGGGAGCUUGGCAUCUACAACCUUGAGAAGAUAGAUACUGUAGAAGAAGCAGGUCAAGCAAAACUGAUGGAGAAAAAAUACUUGAGGAGGUUAACAUUGGACUGGGAUUGUGAGCGGUCUAGUGUUGAGCCUGUUGUGGAGGAAGUGGUUCUUGAGAGCCUUCAACCACAUGGAGAUCUUCAGGUGCUGCACAUUAGAGGGCACGGAGGCCCUUCUUGUCCAACAUGGCUGGGUGAUGAGUUUGCUGUUGAAGCUCUAGGAUCUCUUUAUCUUGAUGGUGUUUCUUGGGAAGUUUUCCCUUCUUUAGGGAAGGCAUGGGAUCUUUGUGAACUAAAAUUGAAGCAUAUUGCCAGACCGAAGGAGUUUAUCAUAGAGAAAAGCCUUUGCAUGCUAAUAAAGCUUGAACUCAUUGGCCUAGGAAGUUUUGAAAAAUGGGUUUACCCAGAUGCUCAUAUGUUCCCUCUUUUGCACGUUCUGGUUAUUAGGGACUGCCCAAAACUGUCGGGGUUGCCUUUUUCAUCCCAUGUUGUUUCCCCAGAUUGGUUCCCCAAGCUACAAGAGCUUGAGGUACGUGACUGUCCCGAAUUCUUGCCAGUGAUUCCCAUCUCAUGGAUCGGAAGUCCGCGUUCUGUCAUGAUGGAGUGUGUAAAGAUGCUAAAGGAGUUUGCAUACUCAGAAUCAUCCGGUGGAGCAGAAUUGAAAAUUACCGGAGAGAGUGAUCUGCUUAGCUUAGACCAAGUGCUGGUUUUUGAUAAAGAAACAAGUCUGGAGAAGCUGAGACUCGAGAGGUGCCCACCUCUCCAGUUGAAGCACCUUCUGAUGCUAACCUCGCUGAAAACAUUGUUUGUAGAAGAUUCAGAUUCUCUGGUUGGACCACUAGGAGGUCAGGGUGAUGUGGAAUGGCAGCUCCCUGUUGAGUAUAUCUGGAUCUUUGGAUUAGAUGGUAAUAGUGGGAAGGAAUUGACAGAGCUCCUCCCCCACCUCCCAAAGCUCUCCAAAUUGGAAAUAUGGAUGUGUAAAAACAUAAAAAAGCUGGUAGUGGGGGUGGAUGCUCAACAAACAACACAAGAAGCAUCAGAGAUGGGGGGAGGUGAAAUAACAGCAGCAGCAGACGAAGAGGAUGAUGGAGUGCUGCUCUUCCCUGAUCAUCUAUGUGACUCACUACAGGAAUUGGAUUUCAUUAACUGCAAAGAGCUGGUCCUUGGUGGAGGAGGGCUCCAAGCCUUGCGAUCCCUCCAGAGAUUAACAAUACAGUGCUCCCCAAAGUUUCUAUCCACCUUCUCCUUUUCCUGUCACCUUUUCCCUUCCUCCCUGCUGUACCUGAAGCUUGUGGGUGUGGAAGGCAUGGGGACACUGGAUCCCCUCUCAAAUCUCUCCUCUCUCACCAAAUUAGAAUUGAAUGGUUGUGGAGAGGAUCUGAAAUGUCAGGGCUUGAGGUCUCUCCUUACCACCGGGGGCCAUCUCAAGGAAUUAAGAGUCUUAGGCAGCCCUGGUUUGUUUGUUGAUUGGGAUCCCAAUCCCAGACGGGCUUUGGAGAACGUUGAAGGAGGUGAAGAGCAGCAGACACAGCUUGUUUCAUCCACACUGCGUGAGCUCGGGACAGAUGACAUAGCAGGACUUCUUGCUGCACCCGUCUGCAGAUUCCUCUCUUCCUCCCUCACCAAGCUGUCACUUUGGGGGCAUUGGUGUGAAGGGAUGGAGCGGUUCAGCAAGGAGCAAGAGGAUGCCCUUCAACUCCUCUCCUCCCUCCAGGUACUAGAGUUUUGGGGUUUCAAGGACCUUCAACAACUCCCUCCAACUUCAAGGACCAGCCUCAAGAUAUUAUCAGUCAAGUGCUGUCCAGCCAUCUCGUCAUUGCCCAACGAUGUACUAGAGGGAACCAUCCCAGAAAUCAAAAUAUGGUGAUCCAAGUUCCCUUGUAGAGCUCUUCCCUUCCCAUUCAAACACAUGCAUGACACAAGGGCCUUGUGGCUGUGGUCUUCCUUCCUGUACUUAAAUCUGGCAGAGCCAUUACAUGCAAAUUAGCUGCAGGAACCUUCAUUAGGAGUGUCUACACCAAUAUCAGUUAUAUACACUUCAACUUAUACUCACCGCAAAAAAAAAAAAGUCCACUCUUACUCCUGCCAUAUCAGAUUUCCAUUUUCUUCUUCUCAAAGGUGUUUGUCUGAUCUUAUAGGCUUCUUCAUAUUUUGCAUUUAAAUUUGGGUUAUUGUUAUUCAUCAAGACGUGGUAGUAUACUGAUAUUAAGGUGUUCUUAUGUUUGUUUGGUGGUCUUUCAAGCUACUUGUGUUUACAUUUUGUCCAAAACACAUGAAGAUUAUGGCACUAAGUGAAUCAGGAUGUCGAUUAAUGCUGGGAAUUUACUUGGUGCCCCAAUCUAUUUACAUGCGAAACCUGCCUAUCUAGUGAUGGGACUAUGAAACUCCUCGGAAGCAACAGAUUGAGUUGGGGGAAAGGUGCGGUUGACUGAGGCAGUCUUGUUCCACUGCAAUAGCCACACGCGAAUGUGUACCAACCAAAUCCGUCUAAGCGCAUUCUGGUCGCCCAAUAGCAUCCCCCAAUUGCGGCUGCAGCAUUGUGCAAGAAAAGUAUCAAGACAAACAAGCCAUAAGUGAAUGGCUUGUUAUUAUUAUUUCCUUAAGCCCCAAAUACCGGAAGAUGCAGCUUAUUAUCGAAAACUUGCACUGCAAAGGUGUGACGACUCACUGGAGAAGGACUGCUAUACACCUGCUCGAUGACUCCAGUAGGGUGUGCUUAAAACACUGCAGAGGUUCAUUCAUGCGAGUCGGCUGCCAAGGAGGCAAGGAGGGUGAUGAAUUGACUUGCAACCGGUCCGCAGAAUAUCUGGAGCCAUGCUAAGGAAGAAGCAGCAGAAACACUGCCUGCAGCUGGGAACGAGACUCCAUCUUCUGAAGAAAUCGACACUUGUCAUGUUGAUAACUCAAGAAAUUGACACCCAGCAUACGAGACUGACCGGCAGAACCAUGGCAAUUACUUACACAUACGAGACUGCAGCAUCUUCUUAAGAAAUCGACGCUUGUCAUGUUGAUAACUGAAGAAAUUGACACCCAGCGGUUGGCGCCAAACCAGGCACAUUGUCGACCGUCAGACGGCCACUUACUGCCUCGGUCUGAGUGACGACACACCGCCACCCUCGAUCUGAGUGCCUAGUCUGCAGCUAGUUGUAUAUCUGCAGCUAUUUGGCAAAUGAAAUGAUGCUCUGCUCAUCUCCCCUGCCUCUCAAGCAUACUACAAACCCGAUGGAUGCUUGCUUGCUUAUUCGGAGUAGUAAGUAUCCGCUGGAAGCUUGUCUGUCGCUGCCUCUGUUGAUUGUUGCUGCAGGUCUUUCUUUCUUUCUUUCUUUGGCAAAUUUGUAACCAUAUCAUCUUUUAUGAGAUGCAGGAAAUUUAUAGCUGUUGAGAGCACUUUGUUUC